GAAACUUUUCGUCGAUCGUCGCGUUUCUUCCUCUCGUGCUCCUUUUAAUCCCGAUCUUCCCCAAUGUCUGAUAUCGAGGAGGAGCUGCUGGUAAAGAAGCUGAAGAUCGUCCUCGUCGGUGACUCUGGAUCCGGCAAAACAAGCAUCGCUCAGAAAUUUUGCAAUAACGAGUUCACGAGACAGUACUCGCCAACGUCUGGAAUUGACUUCUUCCUGAAGAACGUCAGCGUCGGCUAUUAUAAAAAUGUUAACCUACAUUUAUGGGAUGUCGGCGGUCUUGCGUUACAUGGAAACAUGCUCGAUAAAUACGUCUUCGGGGCUCAUAUAAUUCUUUUAGUGUACGACGUGACGAAUAGCUUCAGUUUCGAAGUUCUCGAAGAGUGGAUAGGUAAAAUCAGACAAUUGAGCAAUAACUACGAGGAAACACCGCUGAUGGCUGUGGUUGGUAACAAAUGCGACAUGGAACAUCAGAGGACGGUGAAAAAGGAUCGAACACACAAAUUCGCCGCGGACAAUGGAUUUCCGUCUCACGAUGUUUCCGCUAGAACUGGCGAAGCGGUUUCUUUGUGCAUAGUGACUUUAGCCGCGCAAAUCUUGGGUGUUCGAUUAACGAAAACGGAUCAGGACUAUCACAGGCCCAUAAUAAUUGCGGAAAUAGGUGACACGGUGGACAUGAACACUGUUCACAAGGUUGUGAAACGAUUCCCCACAAGGAAGCAAACUCAAAUUCCUUUUCAUCCCCAUUUACCCGGCUCGAAGUCGUCGGUUUGCCUGUUACAGUGAAAAUUAUCGGAGCAAGAAGCGACGUUUGCAACGAGAUAUUUUUCACGCAACAGAUAGAAUAGAUAUCGUAAGAGAUAGAGUAGAGGCGACAAAAAUCAAGGACAAUAGACAGUGUACAUAAGAGAGACGCCCGUAGAAAUAUUUUUCGCUACUUUCUUACCGUACGGGAGAGUUCACUUAUAUAUACAUACAAUACUUUAAGGGGCCAAUGCAAUAAACCACUGGUGUCUUCGUAGUAGAUUUAAAAACAGAUUUAUUUAUCGAUAAAAUCUUACUACUUGCGGUAAUAAUAUUAAUAUGGGUCGAUGUGUAACAAUGUUAAAAAUACCUUUACAAUAAUAGUAAUAUUAUUCGUUACAGUAAUGUACAUACACUGUUGAUUGAGUACAUGCCAUGAACUUGUAUUCAAAUCGUCCUCUCGGUGAUUUUGUUAUAUAUAAAUGUUGGUGAAAAGAUUGUUCAAUAUUGAGAAUAGUCGUUAAGAAAUCACGUGUUAAAGAAAGCUCCGUAAUCGCUUUUGAAUAUCGUAAGAUUAAGUAAAACACGAUAGCGAGCGAAUAAGCUUUUAUUCGCGUUUUAAGAAUCGAGGAAGAAAAAUUGUUUCGUCCAUUAAGGAAGUCGCAGAUGUAUCUCUAUUUUUAUAAACUGUUGAUUCACAGGUUUUUCUCUAUAUCUAAUUCAUUAUUAAUGGCACUAAUCAUGCAAAACGAGAAACACGUACAAAACGGGAAACACAAAUAUACAAAACGGAACGCAUACAACGGAAGAACACGUCCUUUAACAAAUAGGAAUGAGUAAGACCGCAAAAUGUGCGUACUCUUAGAACAAUCGGCUUCGAGUAAUAUACAUGUAAAAUGUACAUUGAAAGCAUUAAACAGUAAAACAUGUUAAUAAAUA